AGAAUAAUCUAACUGUGUCUCGGGACAGGUCCUCACCACAGUUAGAAUACCUCCCAUAUACCCGUAAUGUAGCAGAAAAUUGCGGAAUCGCUCCAAAACGAUUUUAAACUUAUCAAAGAAUAAACGCGUACAUUUAAAGUUAAAUUUAUAUACAACUAACCUCAUUGGUAAUUUGUAAGUCCUUAACACUGUAAAAAAUCGUAUAAUAAUAUUGUAAACUCAACACUUUGAAAUGUCACUUUUCUUGAUUCGAACUGACUGCCAUUUUACCGGAAACUGCCAUCGGAACAUCCUGCUGCAUGCUGUUUUCCAAAAACGAACGCUUACCUAAUUUGCAAAUAAGAACGGCCCAAGUGGGUCGUUAAGAUAACUUUCCAAAUGCAUAUGAGUGAUGUGUUACAUAAUUUUACCGAAACAUGCACUGUGUGCAAUUUUCAUUUUGCUACAUUGCAGGUAUAUAGGACGCAUUCUAUCGUUAAAUCGGGUCCGUAGGACAUUAUCAUUUUAACGAUAGAACAUUCUAUCUACUGUCUAAUAAGCUGAGUGUCUGACACGGAAAAUGUUCAGUAAAAAUCAUUUUCAAAAUAGGUUGGUGAAAAUAAGCAUUGACUGACUUAUCACGUUAAUAGGCAUAUUCCAGCUUAAUUUCAUUACCAAACUUGUCAGUUCUGGGAGGGGUUCAUCCUUUCAAAAAUUCAUUUUUAACAAAAUAAACAUUGAACACUGUUUUCAAUUUUUAUUGAUUAACUCUUUCUAAAACUUUGAUUUAAUGAUUAUGUAAAAUUUUCUUCAACUUUAAUUAUAAGGAUUAAAUAUGGGCAGUGUAAUAUAGGUAAUAGCAGCAUCUGAUUUAAAUAAAAAUCAAAAGUGGUAUAACUUGGUUACUCUAAUAGUUCAUGUACAGUGUACUUGUAAGUAUUACUUACAUUGGGUUAGUAUAAGCUAGCAAACAAGUCAUUUACAUUCAUAAAGGUGUGUGAUAUUAUAAGUGAAUGGGACCUGAACAUGAUCAUCUGAUGGCAGUUCAUUUGAUAAGGGCCAGAACUUCUUUUCUCCUAGUUUCUUUGAAACGGGUUUUAGGGUGUGUUUUUUUUUCACAUUAAGAAGUAGAUGAACCAUAAUUAAUAUGAUGAUUUAUUGUAUAUGCUUUUGCAGUGUAUAGUGUACCACCUGUGAAUUUAACACUGAUGAAAUAUUGAGUACAAAGAAUAUAUUGGAUCUGUUUUAGAAUUACAAGGUGAUAACCUUGUGUAUAGUCAGACACAGCAUUCAAAUUGAACAAUAAAAUAAGACAGCUCUAUUUUUAGUUGACAGGUAGACCAUAAUCAUGGAAGAUGACUUGACUUGUGAGUCAGAGAUUGAAACAGAUGCAAGACCGGGUUCCGCAGAUUCUCCUAAAAAAUCCAGAAGUAGUGAUCAAACUAGAGUCAUCCAAUAUGAACACAGGGGUGGAGGACGAACUACAAUACAUUUACCCACAGACUCUAAAGAGAAACUGCCAAAUAUACAAAUUGGAGACCAGAAUUUUAUGGUGGUAGGGGAUCCUUCAGGCAGUUCAAGUUCACAGGGGAAGAAGAAAGUCAAGAAAAAGGAUAGAAAGAAAAUUGAAGUACCUGACCGAGCACUUACUGAUGAAGAAUGUGACCUAAUAUCCGAAAAUCUGGGACGUGAUUAUAAAAAAUUCUGUCGGCGGCUUGGUUUCAAAGACGUUCAAAUUGAACAAGUGGAACUGGACUUUAAAGAUGAAGGACAUUAUGAAGUUACGUACCAACUUCUCAGAAAACUGAAACAACUGGGCAAAGACAAGCUUCAGACUGUGGUUGAUACUCUCCUGAGUAUAGAUAGGGGUGACAUUGUGGAUGAGUUGAAUAUUACAUGAAUUGUAUUCCAUAUAUUUAGAUCAUGAAGAAAUGAAAUAGAUUACUAGUAUGAUUGUAUAUACAUGUUGUAAUUUAUAAACUGUACAUUUUAUAUGAAAAAUAAAAUUAUAGGUAAUAAAGGAAAGAUAUUUCAAAAAAA